GUUCAUCUUUUUCUGAACAUAGCAACUUCCACAAAAGUCAAGUCUUAUAUAUAGAAAGAGGAGAGAUAAAGUGAGAUGGGAUCCUUAGCAGAAGUAGUGGAAGAUUGCUUUGGAGUGCUACAAUUGUAUAGUGAUGGAUCAGUAAAUAGAGUAAAUGAAUGUGAUAUUGAUUUUGGGGAUCAUGACAAAAAAGGUAUACAUGAUAUUGUUGAAGAAGGUUGGUUAGUUGAAUGGGAGGAUUUUAUGUUUGAAGAGAAACAUCAACUUUACCUACGUGUGUAUAAGCCAAGUAACAAAAAUAUUAGCAUCAACAACAACAAAAAGUUGCCAAUUUUGUAUUACAUACAUGGAGGAGGUUUUUGCCUCGGUUCUCGUACGUGGCCUAACUGUCAUAACACAUGCCUUCGUCUCUCUUAUCAACUUCAAGCCAUUGUUAUUGCACCUGAUUAUAGCAGGUUGGCACCGGAACACAAACUUCCUGCAGCAAUAGAAGAUGGGUUGAAUGCAUUAAAUUGGCUACAAUCACAAGCAAAACGAAUAAAAGAAGUUAGGCUUGGAGAAGAGUAUUAUAAUGAUCAAAAUACAUGCAAUAAAUUGCUUGAAGAUGGAGUAGAUUUUGAAAGUGUGUUUAUCAUGGGAGAUUCUUCUGGUGGUAAUAUAGCCCAUCAUAUGGCAGUCCGUCUAGGAUCCGGGUCACUCAAACUUGCUCCAGUUAGGGUUUGCGGAUACGUGCUUUUAGCUCCAUUUUUUGGCGGGUCUCUUAGGACCAAAUCUGAGGCUGAUGGUCCUCCUGAGCCCAUUCUUACCUUGGAAUCCCUUGAUAGGUUUUGGAGAUUAUGUCUACCAAGAGGAGAAGGUAGAGACCAUCCAGUAGCAAACCCAUUUGGGCAUUCUAGUCCAAAUUUGGAUAUGGUGUCUCUUGAUCCAAUAUUGGUUAUAGUGGGUGGCAAAGAGAUUAUGAAAGACAGGGUGGAAGACUAUGCAAGAAGAUUAAAGGAGCUUGGCAAAGACAUCACUUAUGCUAAGUUUGAAGGACAACACCAUGGUUUCUUUACACACAAUCCUUGCUCCCAUGUCUCUCACCAACUUUUAGAACUUGCCAAACGUUUUAUGUUUGCAAAGAAACCCUUUUGCUAACUAAAAAACUUCAACUUCAUAUUUGCCUAAUCUUAUGAUUCCUGUACCGAUAGAAGCCAACUAUUUUAAAUAUAAAAUUAAACAUGAAACAAUACUUUCUUUAACAUUUAAGUACUACAUCUGUCCCAAAUUACUUACAAUAUUUUCUUACACAUGAGUGGGAGAGUUUUGACUUAUAAGGAAUGUGAAAAAAUAGAAGAAAGAAAAUUGGAUGUUAGCACAUGAAGAUCAACUUUAGAAAAAAAAAACAUAGAAAACUCUUAUCAUCGAAGGUAUGCAGCAAUUGAAUGGUUGCACUCAAAAAAAAAAAAAAAAAAAAAAAAAAAAAACGUGAGAACUGAAAAUUGAAACAUAAAUUAUCUUUCAGUUUCUUUCGCAUUUAUAGCUAUUUUUCGUGUGUUCCUCGAAAUCCUUGUAUAUCAACAUGGAGAGCUUUAAAUUAUUUACAACAAUGAUGAAUAUCAUACCUGUUCAUGUAUCAUAGAACAUAGUUUUUGUUUUUUGGUAAUGAGUGGAUCCCGGCCUAUGUCCUAUCUUAGGAAACUUGUGGAUCUGAAAUUUUGCUAUUUACUGAAAUGAUGAAUGUUUUUAUUUUAUUUUUA